GUUAAGUUACUGUGAUGUGGAUUGCUUUAAAUGUUUAUGUAACCUUCUCCAUAUGUUGUUGGCUUUAAAUGAAAUGAAAAGGAGCAGAAAUUUGCAGCAUAUACAGUAUAUAUAUGUGCAUUGAAAUCCAUGCAAGGCACACAAUUAUUUUCUUGGUCUUUCGCUCAAUAAAAUCGUGUAGCAAUAACCACUUUGAAAACCCACAAUAUUUCUGUCUCUGUCUAUGGAAUUAUCUUCUUCUUCCUCCGUUUUUUGGUUUUCUCUUUGUGUUUUAGUUAUUUUUUGCUGCAGAGGAGGAGCAAUUGAACUGCCAGGCAAUGUAACAGUUAGAGCCCUUUUCAUGUUUGGAGAUUCAAUCGUUGAUACAGGCAACAACAACAAUCUAACAACGCUGGCUAAGUGUAAUUUCCCUCCUUAUGGGAGGGACUUCAACGGAGGACAGCCAACCGGAAGAUUUUCAAACGGCAAGGUCCCCGCUGACUUCAUAGUGGAAGAAUUGGGAAUAAAAGAGCUUUUGCCAGCAUAUUUGGACCCAAAUCUGCAGCCUGAAGAUCUUCCCACAGGUGUUAACUUCGCUUCAGGUGGUGCAGGAUAUGAUCCCUUAACGGCAAAAGUGGAGACAGCGAUACCAUUAUCCGAUCAGUUAAAAUUGUUCAAAGAAUAUACACAGAAGUUGAAGAACAUGGUUGGAGAAGAAGAAACAAACACAAUCUUCACAAAUAGUUUAUUUAUUGUGGUAGUAGGCAGCAAUGACAUCGCAAACGUCUAUUAUAAUGCUCACAUCAGGCAAUUGCAGCUCAGCAUCGGUGCUUAUACUGACUUUAUGGCGAGCUCGGCUUCCAGCUUCUUAAAGGUAAUUUUUAUUGAUUUAUAUCAACUAGGAGCACGACGAAUCGGGGCGUUUGGUGUACCGCCGCUUGGAUGUUUGCCAUCAUCAAGAACUGUUGCUGGAAGAGGAAAAAGGGAUGAAUGUAUAAAGGAAUACAACCAAGCAUCAGAGUUGUUCAAUACUAAAUUUUCUGUAGCGAUUGAUUCCCUUAGUAGAAACUUGCCAGAUGCCAAAGUGGUUUACAUUGAUAUCUACAACCCUCUGUUUGAGCUCAUACAAAACCCCAGAAAAUAUGGAUUUGAAUUUGUGGAUAAAGGGUGCUGCGGCUCAGGAACUUUAGAAGCAGCAUUUACGUGUAAUUCAUUGACUCCAACAUGUCCUGACGCGUCUAUUUAUAUUUUCUGGGAUAGUUAUCAUCCUGCAGAAAGAACAUAUAAGAUGCUCGUCUCUGAAAUUCUGCAAAAAUAUAAUUUCUUCUCUUACUCUGCUUCAAUAUGUUGUCUUUUGGUCAUUACCAUAUUUCAAGUCUAUACAUCUGAAGCUACAGUAAAGCUCCAGGACAAUGUGACAAUUUCAGCUAUUUUCAUGUUUGGGGAUUCCAUAGUUGAUACAGGAAACAACAACAACAAACUGAAUGCAGUUGCUAGGAGCAAUUUCCCACCCUACGGAAGGGAUUUCAUGGGAGCAAAGCCAACAGGGAGGUUUAGCAAUGGAAAGAUUCCGUCCGACCUAAUUGUGGAAACAUUGGGAAUUAAAGAGGUGUUGCCGGCAUAUCUUGAUCCAGAUAUACAAACUAAAGACCUCCUCACAGGAGUAAGCUUUGCUUCGGCCGGGGCAGGAUAUGAUCCUGUGACAUCUUGGCUAGUGUCAGCUAUAUCUCUAACAAAGCAAUUACAACUGUUCGAAGAAUGUAUGGAAAGGGUGAAAGAAUCUGUUGGAGAAGAAAGAGCAAGAAACAUUACAGCCAAUAGUGUAAGUAUAGUAUCAGCAGGUAGUAAUGACAUUGCCAACACAUAUUUUCUCCUUCUUUUCCGAAUAUUAGAGUUCAAUAUUUCUUCUUAUGCUGAUCUUUUGGCUACCUCAGCUUCACUCUUUCUUGAGGGACUAUACAAACAGGGAGCUCGAAAGAUCGGCGUCUUGGGGUCACCACCCUUAGGAUGUAUGCCAUCUUCAAGAACUGUUAGAGGAGGACAUGACAGAAAUUGUGUAACAUACUACAAUGAAGCAGCACAAUUGUUUAACUCUAAGAUGAAAGUAGUGCUGGAUAACCUUAACAAAAAAUAUCCCCAAUCCAGGAUGGUCUUCAUUGAUGGCUACACCAUAAUGAAUGAUAUCAUCCAAAAUCCAAAGAAAUAUGGAUUUGAAGUUGCUGAUAGAGGAUGUUGUGGUACGGGUACAUUUGAAGUAGCAGCUACCUGUAAUCAAUGGAGUUUGUUUACAUGUACUAAUGCCUCCAAGUAUGUUUUCUGGGACAGUUACCACCCAACGGAAGAAACCUACAGAAUCCUCAUGGAUUACCUCUUCCCAGAUAUGCUAAACCAGUUGUUUUCCUAA